CACACUUUUUUCCAGCGACCUCAACUUGAGCUGGCUACCUAUUAUGUGUUGUGUAUAAUAUAUAAGGGAGGCCUUCACAAUCCAACUGCAUCCAUCAACACAAAAUACAAUCUCUUCCUGAAUUCUCUCUCAGCCAUAAUACCGACAGAGAUAUGGCAACUUUUCCCGAUUCCGGGGCCCUGUCAAAUCUAUCAAUGCUUUUACUUUCAAUCUUGGUGGCUUAUUUCGCUACUGCUGCGGCUGAUUUCUACCGAGAUGCCGAGAUCACAUGGGGCGAUGGCCGCGCCAAGAUUCUUGAAGGUGGACGAAUGUUAACUUUAUUGCUGGACCAGAAUUCGGGUUCUGGGUUCCAGUCCAAGAAUGAGUACAUGUUUGGAAGAUUUGACCUGCAACUCAAGCUCGUCCCUGGGAACUCCGCCGGAACAGUCACCACAUUUUUCCUGUCUUCUCAAGGAACAGGACACGACGAAAUUGAUUUCGAGUUCUUGGGAAACACUUCCGGCGAGCCGUACACAGUCCACACAAAUGUGUAUGCCCAAGGCAAAGGAGACAAAGAACAGCGAUUCCAUCUCUGGUUCGAUCCAACUGCAGCUUUCCACACUUACUCCAUCGUCUGGAAUCCUCAGCGCAUCAUAUUCUUGGUGGACAACAUUCCGAUCAGAGUAUUCAGGAACAACGAAGCAAUUGGAAUCCCAUUCCCGAAGAGCCAGGCCAUGAAAGUGCACUGCAGCCUGUGGAAUUAUUGCGCAGAUAUCAAGAGGUUUCCUCAGGGUAUACCCGCAGAAUGCAGGCGCUCCAGAUUCUAAGCGCGGAAUCCAGGGGUUUGGUUUCUUUCUUCACUAGCCUGAUUUUUAGUGUGGAUAGAAACCAUUAUUUAUUCUUUCAUUCUUUUGUUCAAUUGUAGCCUAUACUAUGAGUGAUGUAUUGUAAUAAAGAAAUUUGAUAUAUGAUUUCAGCUUUAUAGCAGCCCAUUUUUGGCUUGUU